AUGGCUCGAGGACAUCAGAAAAUUCAAUCUCAAGCCAAGGCUGCAGAAAAAUUAUCAAAGCUUAAGAAACAACAAGGACACAGUGCUACAGAGCAGAAGAAAGCUGCACUAAAAGCCCUUGUGCAUGUUUGUGUCAUCUGUAAGGCGCAGAUGCCAGACCCUAAGACUUACAAGCAGCAUUUUGAGAACAAACAUCCCAAGAAUGAUUUACCGGAAGAUUUGAAAGCUAUCUAA